AUGUACUCGAUCCCGGAGCUUAUUGGUGGCGCCAGUGCGGAAUCCUAUUGUCGAGUUGCUUACUAUGUCUACUUCAACAUUCUCAUUUCGAUCCCAGAAGUGCAGAUGAAAGGACUCGUAUACGUUUUAUACGACAUUUCAAAGAAAGAAAAGCAGCCUACGAUGCCACACAUCAACUUGACAAUGGCAAGCAUCGACAUGAUACUAAGCCUUCCUAUCCGGUUCUCAGCGACGCACUAUUGCCUAAAGGCACGCCAAGAAAAGCUUGGCCCAUUCAAUUCAGUACUCAAAAUCGUAUUCAAAGUGGUUGGGGAUUAUUCUUACUGUAAGGUGAGGAGUCGUCUGCAUUAUGGCAGUGACACCGAGUUGCAGUACCAACUUCGGAGCCACGGCAUCAACGUCGACUCUAUCCCCAUCGAUGCGGAGGGCACUCUUCGUGAGGAUAUUCGAAAUGAUUGGUUCUACGAGCACCUUGCUGGGAUGGGACGGAGUAGCAUCGUUCCUGAUGCGUCUGCUCAUUCAUUGGUAUCAGCAGGAGGAUCCAAAGGGGCCAUUGCAGUCAAUCAUGACCCAGAAGCGUUGGUAGGCAAUGCUGUUGCUCAUGGAGCAUCAGGUAAUAAUGUUGAGAAGUAUUCGCCCAUAAUACCUACCGACGGCGACAUCUUGCUCGGACGAGGCCGCUUGGUCCAAUACAAUCCAGGCAAUAUCCACUUUCGAGGGCUGGUUUCCAAAUACAGGGAUGCCUAUGACACUGCUCCUGGAAGCAGGAGAAAAGAGAUCGUUUCUGAGGUCAGUCGUAUCAUUAGUUCCGAGGGGAGGCGAUUUCUGAAGCAAAUAGACAGUGGUGUGUGGGUGAAGAGCAAUGAUAAAGAGACCAACACAAAGAUUGCGCAGUUGUUCCGAGAGUUUCGUAAACGGAAGUAA